AUCUAUCGUCUCCGAAUCUCCAGUCCUCCCUAUCGAUCGAUGCAUAUCUACAUACAAGCACCCACUGUUUUCCUCUUCCUCUGAUCUAUUGGAUGAACACUAUAAAAGGGCAUCAUAUCCAUCCCAACCCUGCACUCGCAACAAAGCACACACAGCAAUAGCUAGCCCACAGAAACACACUUGAGCUGAUCGAGCAGCACUAGCUACAGCUAGCAGGCUAGCGCUCAUUGUUCGCUAGCUGAUCGAUCGACCGAAGGAGCCAAGAAGAGACGGUGGUGCCGCGCCGUACGUGAUGGCGGAGAGGGUGUCGAGACUAUCGACGGAGAAGGCGGUGGUGAUCUUCACGACGAGCCAGUGCCCGAUGUGCCACACGGUGUCGAGCCUCUUCUCCGAGCUGGGCGUGUGCGCGGCGGUGCACGAGCUGGACAAGGACCCGCGCGGCCGCGACAUGGAGCGCGACCUCGCCCGCCGCCUCGGACGCGCGCCGCCCGUCCCCGCCGUCUUCAUCGGCGGCAGGCUCGUCGGCUCCACCGACAAGAUCAUGUCCCUGCACCUCGCCGGCAAGCUCGUGCCCAUGCUCAAGGGCGCCGGCGCCAUAUGGCUCUGAAUUCGCGAUUAUUCGCUGGAUCGAACGUAAACCCCCGGAAUUUUGCACCUAUAUCUAUAUAUUCCCAUGCAUGCAACUAAUUAAAUACUCCUAAUGGGGGGUCUUAAUAUAAAUUAUUAAGAGCUAUAUGUACGUACGUAUACUCUCGUGGGUAUAGCCUAGCUAUAUAUAGAGCGCGUCCAUAAAUUAAAUCGUUAAGAUAUAUGAAGCGGCCUAUAUAUGUGGACCGUCCGAUCACAACGGGUGGUUAAUUAGGUUGAGAGAGAACUUUUCUUUUUUGAUGAGAGAAGUUUUUUGCCGCUAGCAGUGCUGAAAAGGGUGCCAAUAAAGGAACUUGUAAACAUCCCUUUUCCAGUUUUUCAAUGAGAUAUAUGAAUUUUUGAAGUACCACUCU